AUGACAGUAAGGCAAACUCAUUAAGCCCUUACUUAUCAAGACAGGCCUAAAAUAGCCCAUCUUCAUAGAGCUGACCUCACCAGUGGAGGUUAAUCUGCAGGCUGGGCAAUGUUUCACACUGCUAGUGAAAUUUGUCACAGGCAAUGCCAUCACAUGGAAUGCUGCAAUCAACAGAAGUGCAUAAUCUCAUGACAGUCUCAUACUGUUUUGGGGUUUUGUGGGAAACCGGUUUUAGCCUCUACUCAUAACGCAUAGUCACAAAAAGUCAGAGGCAUGAAUUUUAGUACAAAUACUAUAUUCUUUAUUUGAAUAUUUUACAACUUUGAAAACAUAUUUGCAGAAUCUAGUUCUGCAUUAUUACACUUUACACACACAUAGCUUUCAUACUCAAACAUUGCUUGCUUAGAGAACAAAAAAUCCUUGUCUUGACUGCAGAAGCACCAUCGAAAAACGAAUGAGAGCGUGGACAGAAAGAGAGGAGGGGGACAUAAUUGAUAUUGAACACUGAGCAACAUACAAGUCCAAACGAGACAGGCUUGCAUUGCCAGACAAGGCCUCUUGAUAGGAUGGUACAGAUCUAUUUGUUAAGGCGGAAUCGGUCCUCACCAUUAUCAAUAAACAGCACUACAACCUGCCCCGCCCUUCCUGGUUCAGCACAUGUAACAGAUAAGUGUCCUUAAACCAUAGAGGAUGACUUCUCGUCUCAAAAUCAGAUCAGGUAUUAGGGGGCACAUUUGCAGGUAAGAAAAUUCCAGUAGUACAAAUAGCUUGUCAUGCAAAGAUAGAAUGCAUAGGACAGAUGAUAUUCAUGAAAUUAAGUCUCAAAGGCUACAGAAAACGUACUUAAACCAAAUUGAAAUAGUAUUUACUCCACAAACGUAAAUGUAACCAUUGACGUUCUUUUCAAUUAUUUGUAUACUAAAGUAAGCUAGAUGAUCAAUACAGUGACAACAUUGGUCUCCAUUACACUGUUAGCCUGACUGCAGGGUUUAGAUUAGAAGCUGUACCCUGGUCAUGCUUGUGAAGCUAUGGCUUUCCUUAUUUGGUUUCUUUAAGGAUUCAAAAACCUGCAUUGUUGUUUGUUUCUCACAUACUACCUGUCACAUGUAACUAGAGCCACACAUACGUUCAAACCCGUUCUGGUCACAUUGUAUUCUAGGCACAACUAAAAAGACACCUUAGUGGUCUUUGACUGUUUUUGCACCGUAAAUACGACUGGGCAUCAUUCCCCACAAGCAGAAUGACGGUUUACCUGUCAAACUGAUUGACAGAUAUGCUCUCAAUUUUCAAAUACAAAAUACAUUUUAUGUUACAGUAUUGGUGCAGAUUAGUCUCCAAACCCAAAUGAACACAAGAGGGAAAAGAUAGCAAGUACUCCUCUUUGGUGCGCCGGCUUCAUAACAGAGCAAACAUUGGCUAACAAUGAAGACGGGUGUGUAUUCUGCUAUUAUGCAGAAGAAUCAACAGCAUGCCAAGACCAGAAUAGGAUGAUCAACUUCAAGCUUUCAUGAAAUAAUGAAAUUGUGCACACACAGACACACAUAAAUGUACAGUCUUAAACACAUUUAAUUGACAAAAUAAAAGCAGCAGGUAAUUAUUAUUGGGAGACAGAACAAAUCUAGAACAAAACUACAAUUUUGAGAUGACACCCACCAAACAAAGACUGAUUCUUGCUUAAUAGUAAGAUGGCAUGAUUCUUAUUUGCCAUCCAUUAAGCAAAAUAUAGCUUCACAAAAUAAUCAAACGGUGAAUCCAUAUGUUGGAUAACAUUUCAACUGUCACAUCAUGGCUCUCAAACUAAUAACAUUAAGUUAUAAAAAUAAAACUUUGUUUAAUAAUUCAUACCUGACCUAUUGUUUCGGUUGAAAGCAUUCCCAGAUGCUACCAUUCGCUUUGCAAGUUAACACAUAUCAACAACAUUCAAACAAGAACCUACACCCACAUAUACAUAUAUAUAUACAUAUAUAUACAUAUAUAUAUACAUAUAUAUAUAUAUAUAUAUAUAUAUACACAUAUACAUAUAUACAUAUACAUACAUACAUACAUACAUACACAAAAACACGUUGACAAAGACAUGCUAAUGUCAUUGCCCUGACACACUACUACCGAGUCGAACAUGGUAUGGACAUCUCAAUGUCGUGGUUCUUUUGGCCCAUGGAAGGGAGGGAUUGAGAAUAUUUACUUAAGGUUCAACCCUUUAUAGAUUGUGAAUGCUUGUGUACACAUCUGGCACAAUAGCUAAAUAAUCAUCCUUUGCAUCCUUAUCAGUGACAAAGUGAAGACACUCUCUGCCUUGUGAGGGAAAAAAGUAUUUGAUCCCCUGCUGAUUUUGUACGUUUGCCCACUGACAAAGAAAUGAUCAGUCUAUAAUUUUAAUGGUAGGUUUAUUUGAACAGUGAGAGACAGAAUAAAAUAGAAAUAAUCCAGAAAAACACAUGUCAAAAAUGUUAUAAAUUGAUUUGCAUUUUAAUGAGGGAAAUAAGUAUUUGACCCCCUCUCAAUCAGAAAGAUUUCUGGCUCCCAGGUGUCUUUUAUACAGGUAACCAGCUGAGAUUAGGAGCACACUCUUAAAGGGAGUGCUCCUAAUCUCAGUUUGUUACCUGUAUAAAAGACAGCUGUCCACAGACGCAAUCAAUCAGAUUCCAAACUCUCCACCAUGGCCAAGACCUAAGAGCUCUCCAAGGAUGUCAGGGACAAGAUUGUAGACCUACACAAGGCUGGAAUGGGCUACAAGACCAUCGCCAAGCAGCUUGGUGAGUAGGUGACAACAGUUGGUGCGAUUAUUCGCAAAUGGAAGAAACACAAAAGAACUGUCAAUCUCCCUCGGCCUGGGGCUCCAUGCAAGAUCUCAUGUCGUGGAGUUGCAAUGAUCAUGAGAAUGGUGAGGAAUCAGCCCAGAACUACACGGGAGGAUCUUGUCAAUGAUCUCAAGGCAGCUGGGACCAUAGUCACCAAGAAAACAAUUGGUAACACACUACGCCGUGAAGGACUGAAAUCCUGCAGCGCCCGCAAGGUCCCCCUGCUCAAGAAAGCACAUAUACGUGCCCGUCUGAAGUUUGCCAAUGAACAUCUGAAUGAUUCAGAGGAGAACUGGGUGAAAGUGUUGUGGUCAGAUGAGACCAAAAUGGAGCUCUUUGGCAUCAACUCAACUCGCCGUGUUUGGAGGAGGAGGAAUGCUGCCUAUGACCCCAAGAACACAUGGAGGUGGAAACAUUAUGCUUUGGGGGUGUUUUUCUGCUAAGGGACAGGACAACUUCACCACAUCAAAAGGGACGAUGGACGGGGCCAUGUACCGUCAAAUCUUGCCUCAGCCAGGGCAUUGAAAAUGGGUCGUGGAUGGGUAUUCCAGCAUGACAAUGACCCAAAACACACGGCCAAGGCAACAAAGGAGUGGCUCAAGAAGAAGCACAUUAAGGUCCUGGAGUGGCCUAGCCAGUCUCCAGACCUUAAUCCCAUAGAAAAUCUGUGGAGGGAGCUGAAGGUUCGAGUUGCCAAACGUCAGCCUCGAAAACUUAAUGACUUGGAGAAGAUCUGCAAAGAGGAGUGGGACAAAAUCCCUCCUGAGAUGUGUGCAAACCUGGUGGCCAACUACAAGAAGCGUCUGACCUCUGAUUGCCAACAAGGGUUUUGCCACAAAGUACUAAGUCAUGUUUUGCAGAGGGGUCAAAUACUUAUUUCCCUCAUUGAAAUGAAAAUCAAUUUAUAACAUUUUUGACAUGCGUUUUUCUGGAUUUUUUAUUUUAUUCUGUCUCUCACUGUUCAAAUAAACCUGCCAUUAAAAUUAUAGACUGAUCAUUUCUUUGUCAGUGGGCAAACAUACAAAAUCAGCAGGGGAUCAAAUACUUUUUUCCCCUCACUGUACAUGACACACAAUAUUUACUAACCCAUGAGGAUGUGUGCAGCGACAGAACUUUUCAGUACCCUCAAUGUGGUAACAGUUCAGACUAGCCUAUAGGUGGCACUCUGGAGAGAUCUCUGCUAGCUGAGCUAGUAAAUUACACUGUCCAGCUACCCCUUUAUCCUAAUCCAAGACACUGACACCAAACCCAGAUCUACAUCCUUUCUGAUCACAAGUCACUGCAACUUCUCUAAACCCCACAACCCAGUCUCUCUCAAUUCCCCAGUCUUAGUAUUCAUCCACACACACACACAUAGACAACUUGGAACAGACAGUCACACAGCUACAACACGUACAACACAGACAUUCAAAAUAUAUAGGCAACACAACCACAUCUCCCCAACCCCAAACCAUGGCUUACUUGACUUAUAAUACCCGCUGCUUGUUUCAGGGCUACCAAGCCCAACUCCAUGCAAAAGCAAACUCUCCUGUAUUCAGGACUGCCAUUCAGUCGCAGUCCCAAUGAAGUGGGGAACCAACAUGCCGUUCUGCUCCUCCUGCAUCACGAUCAACAUGAGAAAGUCCUAGCUGCCUGCCUCCUCACUACAGUCCCAAAACAAAAUGGAAGAAUAGAGAUGGAGCCCAAUUUUGUGGUGAGGAGCGCGUGUUCUAUUUUGUGGCGGUGAGAUGGGAAGGUCAGUGAAGGGAUAGGGGGGGCUCCCCAGUCCGUCCGACAGGAAGCAAUGCAUUUGAGAAGGAGGCAGGUGGAAGACUGACAGAGGGAAGGAAGUAAACAGUUCCAAUAAACAUCACACACACUUAGUCUGUGCAUUCUGCCACAAUGGACAGCAGCACUGUGAUGUCAUCAGGCUUCCCCCCUGCAGGACACAAGACAAAAGAGAAUGUGUCAAUUGGCUUUCCAGAGAUCAAAGUCAACCUUGAAUGGCCCAAUCUUCAAACUGACAGUGUUGCUGGAGGUGUUAUUAGGGACGUAAAGGACUUCCCAAGAACCCGAUACGUACCUCUUACAUUCAGACCAUUGUCACAGGCAAACUGAGCGAAAGGGGACAUGUAGUUGGGGUCAUAGGCCAGUUCAUGGGCUUGCUUUGCAAUGCUCUGUGCCGUCUGCUGGAUGCUGUCAUAGUUCGUGCUCUGAGAAAUACAACCAUUAGCAUUAGGACCAAAGAAAUGUGUGCAGGUAUUUACUAAAGUGAAUUUGUAAAUAUAAGAGAGUGUGUGCAAGCAGUUAUGAGGUACUGUAAUGUGUUACCUUGAGCUUCUUGAGCUCUUGCAGGAUCAUGUAGUCGGGCAUGUUGUCGAAGAGGCCAUCCGAGGCGGUCAGGAUGAUGUCACCCAGCUGGACGUCGAAGGAGGAGCUGUCAGCGGCCUCAGGGCUGGCGAAGAAAACACAGGACUGUCAGUCAGGACCAGUCAGAGGGCCCUAGAAAGCUGCUACCAGACAGACAGUACUAGUGCUCCUCACAAACAGAAAUAUGAUCAGGAGGAAGCAGGUCAAAAGUGACUGUGCGCCAGAGGGACAGCUGAUGCCUGGGUAAUAAGACACUUGAUUCCUCCUGGAACACAGUGCUGCCUGCCCUGCUCCAGCCCCACCCCCCAGGCCCAGCAUGCUCACUGGCUCCUAGUAAGGUUCAUUUCAUGGGAGCUGGCUGUACCCUCUGCCCCUGAUUAAGCCAAGACUGUUGUUUUAUUCUAACCCGUCUCAGUUGACCUGGCCAUCUUGGGCCUUGGCGUCAAUGAGGACAGUUUGCGUCAACAGGCUGCCUGGAAAAGUCUGAGUAAUUCAAUGAUGUGAAAAAUGAAUUUUACAAGAUGGGACUCUAACUGCGCUUCGUCAGUCAGAUAGGUACUGUAUCUCCUCCUGAAAUAACAGUUUCACCCUAUUAAACCCCCUCCAUGCCAGAAAGAGAGUAAAUGUGAACACAUGAGUCGGUGUGUGUGAGUUUGCUGAGAAGUAUGCAUGGGAGCAUGAAUUGUGACAAUGUGCAAGUGUGCGUGUUCAUGCAAAGUGAGACUGCAAUAUAAAACAUGAAAGGUGUAGAAACACAUGGAGGAGCUCAAAAGAAUGCCUCUUCUUCCAAGAUUCUUGGAGACAGAAAAAGAACAUGCCCAGCGGAAAGGGGUCUGGGCGAGUAGGGCUGUGACUGUCGUGGAAUUUUGGAUGACGGUUAUUGGUCAGCCAAAUUACACUGGUCACUGUAAUAACCGUUCAAAUAGCAAAAAAACAACAACAUAAUAAUAGUAAUUAAAUGCGGCCGUAUGUUUGACACCCCUGGUCUAAAGCCAGUUCUCUACAGAAAUGUUAAUUUGAGACCAGGUGGAGGGUCAGAGAAGUGAGGGAGGUAGUCUGACCUGUCACUGAGUACUACUCCCUCUGCACCUGGGGGAGCGAUGGACAGCUGAAAAGGGGUGUUGAAGUAGUGCUGCUGUUCGUCCGAGCGGUGCACCACCUCUCCCCCCCGCACCACCAGGAAACCAGAGUCACCUAGAUUACAUGUGUGCAGUUGAUGGCUCCGUCGGUCCAGGACCACGAUACAGGCUGUGCUGCUCCCUGGGGAAGAGGGGGGGGAAUAGAAAAACAUAUGGUUAGCCAUCACUUGAUAGCCUUUCUCCUUGUGAGCAAGGAGUGUGUGAGAUCAUGUUGGAUCAGUCAGUCUGGCACAGAGACCAAAAACAAAUGCCAUGUCCUUCCCCUGUCCCCACUCUGCAGCUCCUAGACUGCCACUGACCUUGAAGGGACAGUCAAACACAGACCUUUAGCUGCUCUCCCACUAUCCCAAAAUAAGAAACGGGUCACUUUUGAAAGACAAACAUUGUGUGACUUGGUGGAUAGCGGUGGCUCUCUUUGCAGGCAGCCUUGCCUGUGGUGUUGGGUCUAAGUUGAAAUGUGGCCCAAGUCUGUCACAUGCCAGUGCCUUCAAACAAACGUGUGGACCCGUGAGCAGUGUCAGUUACUGCUCCUUCCACUGACCUUUUAGGUGCUCUGCAAUGGGGUGAAAUGGUCACGAGGAGGGGGCUGCGGGAGUAGGGACUUUGCCAAAUGUUUGUUCCAAUGACUUCUGUGGAGUUGGACCUUAGAACUGGGUGGCGGCAGACUAAAGGACGGCACCAUUUCAGUUACAUGAUCGAUACAGUUACAUAUCGCAAUAUCAUUUUGGACGAUAUUAUAUUGAUACUGACUCCAAGUAUCGAUUUGUAAAAAUAAUAGACAAUUAUAUAUACACUACCAGUCAAAAGUUUGGACACACCUACUCAUUCUAGGGUUUUCUUAAUUUUUACUAUUUUCUACAUUAUAGAAUAAUAGUGAAGAUAACAAAACUAUGAAAAAACACAUAUGGAAUCACGUAGUAACCAAAAAAGUGAUAAACAAAUCAAAAUAUAUUUUAUAUUUGACAUUCUUCAAAUAACCACCCUUUGCCUUGAUGACAGCUUUGCACACUCUUGGCAUUCUCUCAGCCAGCUUCAUGAGGUAGUCACCUGGAAUGCAUUUCAAUUAACAGGUGUGCCUUGUUAAAAGUUUAUUUGUGGAAUUUCUUUCCAAAUGUUAUAGGUGCAAUGUUAUAGGUCCCACCUACUGUAUUGGCUGUGUUUCAGCCUGCUAUUCUGUAGUAUGAAUUCAUUGAGCCAAUCAGUUGUGUUGUGACAAGGUAGGGGUGGUAUACAGAAGAUAGCCCUAUUUGGUAAAAGACCAAGUCCAUAUUAUGGCAAGAACAGCUCAAAUAAGCAAAGAGAAACGACAGUCCAUCAUUACUUUAAGACAUGAAGGUCAGUCAAUACGGAACAUUUCAAUAACUUUGAAAGUGUCUUCAAGUGCAGUUGCAAAAACCAUCAAGUGCUAUGAUGAAACUGGCUCUCAUGAGGACCGCCACAGGAAUGGAAGACCCAGAGUUACCUCUGCUGCAGAGGAUAAGUUCAUUAGAGUUACCAGACUCAGAAAUUGCAGCCCAAAUAAAUGCUUCACGGAGUUCAAGUAACAGACACAUCAACAUCAACUGUUCAGAGAAGACUGCGUGAAUCAGACCUUCAUGGUCAAAUUGCUGCAAAGAAACCACUACUAAAAGGACACCAAUAAGAAGAAGAGACUUGCUUGGGCCCAGAAACACGAGCAAUGGACAUUAGACCGGUGGAAAUCUGUCCUUUGGUCUGAUGAGUCCAAAUUUGAGAUUUUUGGUUCCAACCACCGUGUCUUUGUGAGACGCAGAGUAGGUGAACGGAUGAACUCCGCAUGUGCGGUUCCCACCGCGAAACAUGGAGGUGGUGUGAUGUUGCUUUGCUGGUGACACUGUCAGUGUUUUAUUUUAGAUUUCAAGGCACACUUAACCAGUAUGGCUACCACAGCAUUCUGCAGCGAUACGCCAUCCCAUCUGGUUUGCGCUUAGUGGGACUAUCAUUUGUUUUUCAACAGGACAAUGACCCAACACACCUCCAGGCUGUGUAAGGGCUAUUUGACCAAGAAGGAGAUUGAUGGAGUGCUGCAUCAGAUGACCUGGCCUCCACAAUCACCCGACCUCGAACCCAAUUGAGAUGGUUUGGGAUGAGUUGGCCCGCAGAGUGAAGGAAAAGCAACCAACAAGUGCUCAGCAUAUGAGGGAACUCCUUCAAGACUGUUGGAAAAGGAUUCCAGGUGAAGAUGGUUGAGAGAAUGCCAAGAGUGUGCAAAGCUGUCAUCAAGGCAAAGCGUGGCUACUUUGAAGAAUCUAAAAUGUAUUUGUUUUUUUUUGGUUACUACAUGAUUCCAUGUGUUAUUUCAUAGUUUUGAUGUCUUCACUAUUAUUCUACAAUGUAGAAAAUAGUAAAAAUAAAGAAAAACCCUUGAAUGAGUAGGUGUGUCCAAACUUUUGACUGGUACUGUAUAUACACACACACACACACACACACACACCUUUUCUUGUUGCUAGGUAGCACUAGUCGGCUGUACCUGCACCAGAACUCCGGUAUUGUCAUCCUAUAGCUUAUUCUCAAUCUUCUUUUUAAAUUGUGAGCCAACAUGUUUUCAGCACUUUUACUUCCAUGACUGAUCAAAACUCAUUUUCUCAUGUGCUCUCGUCUCUCUGCCGCAGAUAUAUACGUAACAAUAUGUUUGGAACAUCAAAUCGCAAUACAUAUGAAAUGGUGAGAAUCGCAAUACAUAUCGUAUCAUCACCCAAGUAUUGUGAUAAUAUUGUAAGGUCCCUGGCAAAUCCCAGCCCUAAUGCUUAGGAUGGAAGACAUUUCAGCUUUGUAUGAUUAUAUUUUUGGAUGGAUUGAUAGGAGUGCAGCUCAGUGGGCAGGGAUACCCACAGGCAACGGCAAACACUCAUGCUGCAGAUACUGUAUGUUAUCUACUUACCUGAGCACGUGUGAACACUUUUGAAUUUCCAGCAGAAAUCAAAUCAGAGAAGGGAAGAAUCAAUUUUAAACACAGAAUUCUGAGGGAGAACCCGGCAAACACGACUGCUCACACAACAGGACUGUUACAAAACGGUUAUUUUACACAGACCACACUACUGCCUGGCAUACAGCUGUAACCAGGCAUUUCAGCUAUAGGACAAAGAAAGGCAUCUGCAAGGGAAGGCAAAUCCAUUUUUUAGGACAGCGAAAAAUACCAGGAAAACAGGUUUCUGACGGUAAACAUGUACCAGAACGGCACUGUCAUGGUCCAGGGCAGUGAGGCUGCACUCAGCUUUUUUGUACAGGACUUCCCCAUCCUAAGGAAGAUAGCAGAAACCAAAAAGGACAAGGACAGCACAGCGACCUCUCCCCUCACCUCAGGCACUCCAACAGCAGGUGCCCAGGCCACACAACAGGUCUGUCCUCCCCCCUGCCUGCCUACGACCACCAGAGCCAAGACCACAGUACCAUCAGCCUGCUGAAAGACGGGCUGGCUCUGUUAGAGGUAUGGGUUACUGAGCUAAAGGAGCAGCCCCCCAGCUACACCACCUCCAGCCCAGACACAGAGCUUCUAUAUGACCAGAUCUACCAGUGCAGGACCCAGCUGAAGAACUCUGUCCAGGAGCUGAGAGAGGGCCUCACCACAGCGCUUCAGGAGGUAAAGGCCACCAUGAGGAGAGAGCCUCACCACAGAGCUUCAGGAGGUAAAGGCCACCAUGAGGAGAGAGCUGGUGCAGGUAAAAGAGGAGAUGGUAAAUGAGUUGUCUGUCAUCAAGAGGGUGCUGCAGCAUAGAGAACAGACUGUAGAGACCCCUAGAGAGAAGCUGCAGCCCCUCACCACCCCUAACACCCCCCCCCCACCCCCCAAACCGAUCACCCUUUACCCACACCCCCAGUCAACAAGGAGGCUCACAUGAGGACACCUACUACAGAGAGAAGCUCUCUGGCCCCCCGACACACCCCGACACACCCCUCCUUGUACAAAGGCCCUGUGUACCCCAGCCCUAGCCCCACACCGUAAACCCACUACUCUGGUAAAACCCACUGAGGUGGCCAUCCUCAUUGACUCAAAUGGGAAAUUCAUCCAAGAGGAUAAACUCUUCCCCCACCACAAGGUGUCCAAAAUAUGGUGCCCAAAAACGCAGGAUGCACUCCACAUCCUGUCCCAGGCUGACAUUGGCAAACCAGGCCACAUUAUUAUUUUUCACACCGGCACCAACAACGAGAGGAGCAGGAGAGAGUACCCAGCCUGGUCAACAGAGUAGCAGAGAGGGCCUCUGAGAGGUUCCCCAACUCCCACAUCACCAUCUCCACUCUGCUGCCCCGCCAAGACUUUCAUCCCUGUACUAUUCAGAAAGUCAACGCUGACAUCACCAGAGGGUGUGGCCUACUCCCGAACAUUGCUCACCACCCAACAAUCACCCCAGACCAUCUGCACGACCACUCCCACCUGAGGAAGCAGUGAGUAGGGAUGUUUGCCAAGUCUCUAAAGGAUGUGGCACUUGGUAGACAAACACCCCAUGCCACACUGGACAGAGGACCACUCAGAGACCCCUACCAGACCACUGCACCACCAAGGAGCCCCAGGACCCCUCAUAGCCCCACCAGACCCAGCACUUUCCUCAGGCCCCACCCACCACCAGAGCAUCACCACUCCCAUCGGCUUAGCCAGACUGGACCAGGCCCAGCCUACUACCCCGCACCAGACCACCACCUCUACCAGACCAGAGAGGAAGCCCCACGGCCCAGACCUGGCCCCCCUCCACUCCACAGGGCCCAACAGCAGGACCAGCGCAGCUACGCGGAGUGCGCACAUCUGCACUAAAUGUGCACACAUACCUAUUGUACUAAAAGUUUACUUGUUCAAUGAAGAGUAAUAUAAAAAGUAUUUGAUCCCCUGCUGAUUUUGUACGUUUGCCCACUGACAAAGAAAUGAUCAGUCUAUAAUUUUAAUGGUAGGUUUAUUUGAACAGUGAGAGACAGAAUAACAAAAUAAAUCCAGAAAAACGCAUGUCAAAAAUGUUAUAAAUCGAUUUGCAUUUUAAUGAGGGAAAUAAGUAUUUGACCCCUCUGCAAAACAUGACUUGCACACAUCUCAGGAGGGAUUUUGUCCCACUCCUCUUUGCAGAUCUUCUCCAAGUCAUUAAGGUUUCGAGCCUGACGUUUGGCAACUCAAACCUUCAGCUCCCUCCACAGAUUUUCUAUGGGAUUAAGGUCUGGAGACUGGCUAGGCCACUCCAGGAUCUUAAUGUGCUUCUUCUUGAGCCACUCCUUUGUUGCCUUGGCCGUGUGUUUUGGGUCAUUGUCAUGCUGGAAUACCCAUCCACAACCCAUUUUCAAUGCCCUGGCUGAGGGAAGGAGGUUCUCACCCAAGAUUUGACGGUACAUGUCCCCGUCCAUCGUCCCUUUGAUGCGGUGAAGUUGUCCUGUCCCUUAGCAGAAAAACACCCCCAAAGCAUAAUGUUUCCACCUCCAUGUUUGACGUGUUCUUGGGGGUCAUAGGCAGCAUUCGUCCUCCUCCAAACACGGCAGAGUUGAGUUGAUGCCAAAGAGCUCCAUUUUGGUCUCAUCUGACCACAACACUUUCACCCAGUCUCCUCUGAAUCAUUCAGAUGUUCAUUGGCAAACUUCAGACGGGCAUGUAUAUGUGCUUUCUUGAGCAGGGGGACCUUGCGGGCACUGCAGGAUUUCAGUCCUUCACGGCGUAGUGUGUUACCAAUUGUUUUCUUGGUGACUAUGGUCCCAGCUGCCUUGAGAUCAUUGACAAGAUCCUCCUGUGUAGUUCUGGGCUGAUUCCUCACCAUUCUCAUGAUCAGUGCAACUCCACGAGGUGAGAUCUUGCAUGGAGCCCCAGGCCGAGGGAGAUUGACAGUUCUUUCUUGUUUCUUCCAUUUGCGAAUAAUCGCACCAACUGUUGUCACCUUCUCACCAAGCUGCUUGGCGAUGGGCUUGUAGCCCAUUCCAGCCUUGUGUAGGUCUACAAUCUUGUCCCUGAUAUCCUUGGAGAGCUCUUUGGUCUUGGCCAUGGUGGAGAGUUUGGAAUCUGAUUGAUUGCUUCUGUGGACAGGUGUCUUUUUAUACAGGUAACAAGCUGAGAUUAGGAGCACUCCCUUUAAGAGUGUGCUCCUAAUCUCAGCUCGUUACCUGUAUAAAAAGACACCUGGGAGCCAGAAAUCUUUCUGAUUGAGAGGGGGGUCAAAUACUUAUUUCCCUCAUUAAAAUGCAAAUCAAUUUAUAACAUGUGUUUUUCUGGAUUGUUUUGUUUUUAUUCGGUCUCUCACUGUUCAAAUAAACCUACCAUUAAAAUUAUAGACUGAUCAUUUCUUUGUCAGUGGUCAAACAUACAAAAUAAGCAGGGGAUAAAAUACUUUUUCCCUCACUGUAUAUACACAGUUGAAGUCGGAUGUUUACAUACACCUUAGCCAAAUACAUUUAAACUCAGUUUUUCACAAUUCCUGACAUUUAAUCCUAGUAAAAAUUCCCUGUCUUAUGUCAGUUAGGAUCACCACUUUAUUUAAGAAUGUGAAAUGUCAGAAUAAUAGUAGAGAGAAUGUUGCAAAGAAAAAGUCCAGUAUCUGUGUUCUUUUGCCCAUCUUAAUCCUUUCUUUUUAUUGGCCAGUCUGAGAUAUGGCUUUUUCUUUGCAACUCUGCCUAGGUCAGCAUCCCGGAGUCGCCUCUUCACUGUUGACGUUGAUACUGGUGUUUUGCGGGUACUAUUUAAUGAAGCUGCCAGUUGAGGCAUCUGUUUCUCAAAAUAGACACUCAAAUGUAUUUGUCCUCUUGCUCAUUUGUGCACCGGGGCCUCCCACUCCUCUUUCUAUUCUGGUUAGAGACAGUUUGCGCUGUUCUGUGAAGGGAGUAGUACACAGCGUCGUAUGAAAUCUUCAGUUUCUUGGCAAUUUCUCACAUGGAAUAGCCUUCAAUUUUCUGAACAAGAAUAGACUGACGAGUUUCAGAAGAAAGUUCUUUGUUUCUGGCCAUUUUGAGCCUGUAAUCGAACCCACAAUUGCUGAUGCUCCAGAUAAUCAACUAGUCUCAAGAAGGCCAGUUUUAUUGCUUCUUUAAAUCAGAACAACAGUUUUCAGCUGUGCUAACAUAAUUGCAAAAGGGUUUUCUAAUGAUCAACUAGCCUUUUAAAAUGAUAAACUUGGAUUAGCAAACACAAUGUGCCAUUGGAACACAGGGCUGAUGGUUGCUGAUAAUGGGCCUCUGUACGCCUAUGUAGAUUUUCCAUAAAAAAAAUCAGCCGUUUCCAGCUACAAUAGCCAUUUACAACAUUAACAAUGUCUACACUGUAUUUCUGAUCAAUUUGAUGUUAUUUUAAAUGGACAGAAAAAUUGCUUUUCUUUCGAAAACAAGGACAUUUCUAAGUGACCCCAAACUUUUGAACAGUAGUGUAUAUUUAGGCAAAACAAAACAAAAAAGACCACAGAUGACAACUGGUUUGGUGCAGAUUGUAAAAUUAACCCAUUUUAAAACACUAUACAACACCGUUCAAAUUGACACAAACGCAGAACAAUGCUAAAUUCAUUAGAAGUUGAAUGGAUUAGAAAAAGCUAUAAAAGGACAAUCAAAAUCCAGUGGACUCCCCAGUAACUGACCAGGAGCUCUAUAAGAAACUUCAGGCCCUCAAAUUUAAAAAAGCAUGUGGACCUGAUGGCAUCCUAAAUGAGAUGCUCAAAUUCACUAGUGCAAAAUGUCAAUUGGCUAUAUUAAAAAACUGUUGAAUUUGAUCCUGAGUGUAGGUUAUUUCCCUGACAUCUGGAAUCAAGGACUCAUAACCCCAAUCUUUAAGAACGGAGACAAAUUUGACCCUAACAAUUACAGAGGCAUUUGUGUGAACAGUAACCUGGGGAAGGUUUUCUGUAGUAUUAUAAAUGUAAGAGUUCUAAACUUCCUUAAUAAGCACAAUGUCUUGAGUAAAAGCCAAAUUGGAAUUAUACCAAAACGUCGCAAGACCGAUCAUAUUUACACCCUACACACCCUGAUAGAUAAACAUGUCCACCAAAAUAAUACCAAAAUGUACGCUUGCUCUAUCGACUUCAAAAAAGGUUUUGAUUCUAUUUGGCAUUCAGGACUGUUCUACAAAGUUAUUGAAGGUGGUGUAGGGGGUAAAACACAUGACAUAAUUAUAUCAAUACGUGCAGCAUCAAAUUGGCAAGAAAAUAACAUAAUUAUUUAAAUCAGGGGCAGGGCCUUCGCCAGGAUUGCAAUCUGAACCCUGCACUCUUCUAUAUUUACAUAAACGAAUUGGCCACUAUUCUAGAAAAAUCCCCAGCUGCUGGUGUUAGUCUCCACAAUUCAGAGGUUAAAUGCCUGCUCUUCACAGAUGACCUAUGCCUGCUGUCACCCACAGCACAUGCCCUACAGCAGAGCCUGGACCUGCUAGAGCAGUACUGCCAGACCUGGGCCCUGGCAGUAAACCCCAAAAAUACUAAAAUAACGAUUUUCUAGAGAAGACCUAGAUCUCAGGGAAUUAGACCAAAGUUCUCAAUUGGUACAAAAUAUAUAGAGUACUGCACACACUACAAUUACUUAGGUUUAAAAAUAAGCUCAACUGGACACCUUAAUGAUGCAGUGAAUGAACUGAGAGAGAAAGCACACAGGGCAUUCUACACCAUUAAAAAACAAAUUCAAAUACCUAUUAAAAUAUCUCUAAAACAAAUUGAAUGUGUCAUUGAACCAAUUGCACUUCAUGGCAGCGAGGUGUGGGGUCCACUUGCAAAACAAGAUUUCACCAAAUGGGACAAACAACCCAUUGAAACCCUGCAUGCAAUCUGUUGUAUUUUUGACUUUAUGUUUUGUUUACCCCAUAUGUAACUCUGUGUUGUUGUUUUUAAUCGCACUGAUUUGCUUUAUCUUGGCCAGGUCGCAGUUGUAAAUGAGAACUUGUUCUCAACUGGCUUACCUGGUUAAAUAAAAGGUGAAAUAAAAAAAUAAAAAAAUAAUGCAGAGUUCUAUAAGAUUCUCCUACAUGUCCAGAGGAAAACUACAAACAAUGCAUGCAGGGCAGAAUUAGGCCAAUCUCCACUAUUAAUAAAAACUCAAAAAAUAGCAAUUAAGUUUUGGAAACAUCUAAAAACACAGUGACCCCCUCUCAUAUCAUUACCAAGCCCUGCAAUGCCAAGAGCUGAGCAAAGACAAUAGUCCCCUCAUCCAGCUGGUCCUGGGGCUGAGUUCACAAACCUGUUCUACUAACACACUGAAGCAUCAGGACCAGAACAUCCAAUCAAUCAGAAUAAACCAAAUUACAACACAGUCAAAACAAAACUACAUUGCUUAUUGGGAAACACAAGCACUAAGUAAAAUGCAGUGCUAUCUGGCCCUAAACUGACAGUCCACCGUGGCUAACUAUUUGACCAUGGUGUCAUUAGUGUCAUUUACCCAAAUUUGAAACAAUUUUUCAAGGUUUCAAAGACCUCUCUGAUGAGAAUAGGCUACCCGUCCUGUUGGGGGAGGACGCACAGAGCUGUGGGUUGGCAGCGCACUACAUUGCUGCCUGCCAUAAGAUGAGGGACAGCGUCUGACAGACCAACCAACCUGCACAUGUCCUCUAUAUUGUUAUUGUUCAAUGGUUAUUUUGACCCUUGGUUAUUGUUGUCCCAUUGACAAUAUUGAUUAUUAUUAUUUUAAUAGUGUAAAUAUCAAAAGAGAGAGAAUGUGUGUUUUGUGUUUGCUCACCGAGCAGGGGUACUUUGUUCUGUAGGAGCUCGUAGUAGCCUGAGGUGAGGAUGCCCACAGGGCUGCUGGGGGUGAAGCGGCCCUCCUUCACCAGCCGCUCACACGUCCUCAUCAGGGUAGCAGAGAACUGGGACGGGUCCACCCCGUAG